GAUAGAUAGCGGAGAGCUCAACUCUAGGUUUAGUAUAAAUAGGAAAGAAUAUUGCAAUGGCUUACUAGUCUGUAGCAACCAGUCAAUUAUGAAGUACCUGACCGGAGUUCUCGCCCUUGCUGCCUUCUGUGUGGCAGAGCCUGAAGCCGAUCCAGCGUACGCCUUGUAUGCUCCUUAUACCCCUGCUUACUACCGCCCUUACUUUGCAUCCGGCUAUGCUGGUCCCCUACCCGGAAACAGUUACCAAGCUGUGAGCAGACUGCACAAGCGUGAAGCUGAUGCUGAAGCUGAUCCUGCAUAUGCCCUGUAUGCCCCUUAUACCCCUGCUUUUUACCGUCCUUACUAUGCGUCCGGCUAUGCUGGUCCCCUUCCCGGAAACAGUUACCAAGCUGUGAGCAGGCUACACAAGCGUGAAGCCGAUCCUCAGCUCCUCCUCAACUCUUACCCCUAUGCUCUUUCUGCUCCUGCAUAUCCCUCUGUUGGAGCUGUCUUCAAUGCACCCGUUGUUACAUCUGUCGUAGAAGCUCCUGCUGUUGUUUCUCACACCGUUCAUACUGCCCCGGUUGCUUACUCCGCUCCCCUUCACUAUGCUACUGCCCCUGCUGUCCAUGCAGCCCCUGUUGUUCAUGCCGCCCCCGUUCAUUCUGCUGUUGUUGAACUUUCACCUCAUGACUGUGUGACCGAAGGAGGAUGUGCCCUUAAGGCUGCCCUUGCCACCGGUCUCCCUGCUGCCACUGUUGGUUCAACCACUGUCUACGGACGUAAGAAGCGUGAAGCUGAGGCUGAUGCCGAGGCUGUAGCUGAUGCCGCUCCUGAUGCUGAAGCUGAUGCUGAUGCUUUCUACAACCUGUAUGGAUAUCCCUAUGGAUACAACUACUCUCCCUUUGCUUACUCCCACAACUACGGAUACUGGCCUCAGUACUCCAAUGUCUACAACUACAACCGUUAUUUUGCCGCUCCCGCUGCCUAUGCUCCCCUUGUACACACCACCCCUGUAGAACAUGUGGCCGCCCCUAUUGUCCACAAUGUUCAAUAUGCUGCUGCCCCUGUAGUACACACUGCCCCUGUAGUCCACGCUGCCCCAGUAGUCCACGUUGCCCCUGCUGUCGAGACUGUUGCAAAGCAGAUUACAUACACCCACUUGGGAGCCCACCCUAUCCAACCCACAACAGUUGUUGAGACCGAGUCAAGACUGGUCGGAAAGUAAGAUGGAGAUAAAUGUCGUCCUUGUUAUUCCUGCCAAGAUUUAGCGCGGGAGAUUUCACUGUUUAUAACUUCGGUUGCAAAACCUUUUCUUGUUACAGACUAGUAUUUUAUAUAAACAAAAAUGUUGCGAGACACCAAAAAACAUCAUCAAAAGAAUCAAAAGUUUUCAUAAACGAUAUAAAAAAAUGUAAUAAAAAUUAGAAAGUUACCCAUAACAGAGUCAAGAAAAUCCUGAUGGCCUCUGCAGAGGUGUCGAUAAAAAAAUAAACAUUUUUCCAAAAUAUAAAAUAAAAAUAAAAAUUUUAAAAGAC